GGAGAGCGCGGGGGCGGAGGCUGGCAGGGGGCGCUGGAGGCUGGAGCGGUCCGUGCGCUCCCUGCGCCCGAGGGUACUGGAGGCUCUGAAGCCGCUGCCGCACCGGGGCCGGGCGGCGGCUGGGCCGGGGCGGGGGGCGCUGCCGCCGCCGGGGGCGUCGCCGGCCUCGGCCCCUUUGUUCUCGCGCGCUCCCCCUCGCCGCCCACUCCCCUGCUGUCGCGCGGCGGCGGCGGUGGUGGUGGCGGCGGCGGCUCCUCCCGCCCGAGGCAGUCGGGCUCGGCGCCGGGGGCGGGAGGGGGCGGGGGGAGCGCGCCAGCCGCCGAGAGUGGGGGGCGAUGGCGAAGCUCCGGGUGGCUUACGAGUACACGGAAGCCGAGGACAAGAGCAUCCGGCUCGGCUUGUUUCUCAUUAUCUCCGGCGUCGUGUCGCUCUUCAUCUUUGGCUUCUGCUGGCUCAGUCCCGCGCUGCAGGAUCUGCAAGCCACGGCCGCCAACUGCACGGUGCUGUCGGUGCAGCAGAUCAGCGAGGUGUUCGAGUGCACCUUCACCUGUGGCGCCGACUGCAGGGGCACCUCGCAAUACCCCUGCGUCCAGGUCUACGUGAACAACUCGGAAUCCAACUCCAGGGCGCUACUGCACAGCGACGAGCAUCAGCUCCUUACCAACCCCAAGUGCUCCUAUAUUCCUCCCUGUAAGAGAGAAAAUCAGAAGAACUUGGAAAGUGUCAUGAAUUGGCAACAGUACUGGAAAGAUGAGAUUGGUUCCCAGCCAUUUACUUGCUAUUUUAACCAAUAUCAAAGACCAGAUGACGUGCUCCUGCAUCGUACGCAUGAUGAGAUUGUCCUCCUGCACUGCUUCCUCUGGCCCCUAGUGACAUUUGUGGUGGGCGUUCUCAUUGUGGUUCUAACCAUCUGUGCCAAGAGCCUGGCAGUCAAGGCAGAAGCCAUGAAGAAGCGCAAGUUCUCUUAAAUGGGAUAGCCUUAUGGGAAGCAAAGCACAGAAGCUGCACGCCUGGGCACAUGUCCACCUGCAGAGCCCGUGUUUCCUGGAGCAGGAGAUGGAAGGGGCCGAGAMAGGUCUCCGAGAGCCUCCUCCCUCAGUGGCAGCAGAAACAGGCACAACUGGAAGACUUGGAACCUCAUAGCUUAUAUUCCAUGUGUCGUAGCAAUGGCUAAAGGGUCAAGCUCUUAGCUAUAUGGAGUAACUGUUUCAGAAAACCCUAUAAGAAGUUGAUUUUCUUUGGAAAGUAACAGUAUAUUAUUUGUAUAGUGUAGUAUACAAACCAUUAUGAUUUAUGCUACUUAAGAAUAUUAAAAUAAGAGUGGUCUGUGUUCUUUUCUAUUUCCUUUUUUUUAUGCUUAGAAUACCAGGGGUU